CCUAUUUCAGUCGACGAGUCAAUCGGUGUCGCGCCUCGACAAGGGUGUGUGUGGCCGACGAUGGAUGCGAUGAGCAUGUUAAAGAGUUUUCGAGUGGUCGACCUCCGUGAACUCUUCAUCGGCAAGGAGAAGAAGGGCUUGAAGGGAGACCUGAUUCGUCGCGCCAUUCAGCUCAUUCAAAAUGAAUGCAGUCAAGAGUUGCUUACUAAAAUAAAUGACAUAUACAACUCCCGCUGUCAGCCACAAGCAGUUACAAACCCGAGGGCAUCCCCUCAAAUAUUAAGUAUGAAGAUUGCUGACAGCACUCCAUCUCCCUCUUCACAGGAUUCUGAUGUCAAACUAAUGUCGUUUCCGUUCCAUCAAACCUUGGACAUACUCGUCGACCUUACAGCUCUAAAGCCACACUUUUCCUUCACGUUAAGUGAAAAACAACGCAAGCAGUUAAUCACACAAACAACGCGUUUCUCUGGAGAUGAAGUUCAGGUAGUGAUCAGGAUCUGCUAUACAGAGAGUGUGGGAGUGGAGGAUGACCAAUAUCCACCAGAACUUUUUGUUUUUGUGAACCGACAAAUGCUACCUUUACAGGUGGCUAAACAAAUCCGAGUUAGAAAACCAGGAGAGGAGCCUAGGCGACCCUGUCCCCCGAUCAACAUCACAUCACAGCUGAAACUCAGUCAACCAGGGGACAUCCAGAGUGGGUUCAUUACUUGGCGUGAUCGUGGCAAAGUGAAGUGCUACUCCUUUGCUGUUCAUCUGGUGCGAAUCCUGAGUGCGAAAGAGCUGCUGGCUCAGCUCAGGAAAAGCUCAGUGGAGAGUGUGGAGUGCUGUCGUGCCCGCGUUUGUGAGAAGCUGUGCACUGGACAAGACAGCGAUGUUGCCACCACAGGGCUGCGGGUGUCUCUCCUGUGCCCGCUGGGGAAGACUCGUCUGAGGGUGCCGUGCAGAGGUUCGGGCUGUGCCCAUCUCCAGUGCUUCGAUGCCCUUACCUACGUGGAGCUGAACAACAUGAAGCCCACCUGGAUGUGCCCUGUGUGUGACAGGCCAGCCCCCUUCACACUUCUCACCAUUGACGGCUUGCUGUCAUCAAUCCUGGUGACUGCUGAGGAGUCUGUUGUUGAGAUUGAGUUUGUGGCGGACGGCUCCUGGAGGUCUGUAAAAGAUCAACAUGGCAAUGCACGUCGGAGCCCACAGACUGAACUCAGUGUGACUUCCUUGCACAGUUUGGCAGCAUCAGAAAUCAUAGACCUAACACUGGAUUAAGAUGACGAAAGAAAUGGUGAAAUUGUUUUUGAGGAACACCUGGCUGGACAGAAAUGUCUGUAUUUUGUGCUUGUUAUAUUUUAAAUGUGAAUUAUUUUAGGAUCACUACAAAUGGGCUCGGUUAUUGUAUUUAUUGAUGUUUAUUUUAUUCAUCUAUGUAUAUAGCUACACCAAACCUACGAAUAAAGAUUGUAUUUUUCCACGUA